ACGGGCUUGAAGUGGCGUCCACUAAACUUGACGAGGUAUUCUGCCCAACUGAAUUUGGCAGCGUGGUGGACUGUGGCCAAACUCUUCUCAUUCUGAGAGGAGACUUGUGCUCAGUAGUGAGCUGGCGAUGGGUUGAUGAUGAGGUACACAAUCAACUUGACAGUAAUGUGCCUUUACAUUUAAGGCACUAACAAAAUCUUUCAAAUGCGUACCUAUGCCCUAGAAAUGAUGUUGACGAUCGAUAGCUUCGAAUCGAGCUGAUAACCCAUAUCUGAUAAGCAGUGAACGGAUUUCGGGUGACUCGUGUUUCCGCGGCUUUUGCCGGCAUCGAAGUGAAACAGUUCUAAACUAUUUCUAGAACAUACAGCAUGUGAAAAUAACUAGGUUUUCUGAUAGUUUCGCUUCGGGCACUCCUGUACUGUGGAGGCCGUGUACAUUUGUUUACGCGAAUUACUUAUAGUUUGAUUAAUUUAACUCAAAUAUCACUUCCGAUUUAAAUAUUUUAGACAUUAUCAAAAGAUUAAAAUUGCCAUAAAACAGAAAUAAUUUCGUGGGAUUAAGAGAACAAAUCUAAAUUAAUUUUGUUGGUGUUUUACAUAAAUAACUAUGUAGUUAGGUAGAGUUAAAACCUGUAAAGUGUGAUGGACUUGUUUACGGUAAUAAAUAAGGUAACAUGGUCACCCUAUGUGCGCGUGUUGUGUUUCUGUGGAUGGGAUGCGUCUUCGCCAGUCAGCCAGUCACCGUGGUUCAGUUACAACUGGCGUACAAUGAAGUGCACACGCUGCUGCUCAACCACACCGUGGAGUACAUACUGGAGUUCACGCCGCCGGCGGGCGGGGUCGGGUCGUACGACAACAUGCCCAGCCUGGUGUGGCUGCACAGCGACGGCGGCGACAUCGCGCAUCCGGUGCUGGUCACCGCCCGCCAACGAGCUGGCGCGGUGACGUGGCAGCUGCCCUACGAGCUGCAGGCGCGGCUGCUGUUCGAGCUGGAGCGCACGCUGUGUCCCGACGACACCGCGGACGCGGGCGGCGCUACCUCCGACUGCGAGGGUGAGAAAGCUCGCAGCGCGUUCUCGGUGCACGUGUCCACGGCGUGCGUGGCGCCGCUGCACGUGACGGUGCGCGUCUCGCGGCCCGCCGUGUGGCGCCUGCCCUUCGGCGACCCUGUCAGCGUUUACGCCACGGAGUCAGAACCGCGCGUUUCAUACUACGCAUUCGAUGGCGAGCAGCGCAGCGUGCGACUUGUCGUGUCGUCUGAGAGCGAGGCCUGUGCCAUGCUCUCCGUGCAGAACUACUCGUGUCCAAUAGUGCAGACGCUGACGGACGUGGAGACGGUCGGUCAGCGUCUCACCAUGAUACACUCCGGCGCCGUGCAGAUUAUGCGCAGCGAGUUUCCGCGCGGUUUCUUCGUGGUCGCGCUGGUGUUCCCCACGGACGAGUCGUGUCGCGGCGCGGAGCCCCACGACGACGACUGGCUGUGGGGAGACGCCAUGCUGCGCAGCGAGGUGCCGCGAACCGCCCCGCCCCCGCGGAAGAAGGACUUUGCCAUAGCUAUCGGAGCAGCGCUGACUCGCGAGCAAUACGCCGUAGCAUCCGUUGUGACGCUAGUGGUGUUCCUGUGCUUCUACGUGCUGUUCGGCGCGCUAGUGCUGGCGCAGCGCUGGCCGCCCUUCGCCCGACACGUGCUGCCCAGAGCCGUGCUGGCGCCGCAGCCGGAGCCCGACGCGUCAGCUGCGGAACAGGCGACCGGCCCAGCGUCUCCGCGACGUCGACGUGGAUCUAACGACACAUACGACAGCUGCGACGACAGCAAUUCCGAUGAGGAAUAUGACGCGGUGCCCACCAACCAGAGCAGUCCGAGCAACCAGGCGGCCUCCCCCCCGUGGCGCAACGGCGACCUGGUGGACGCCAGGCCCGACAGCUCCACUGCGGCUGACGGCCAGGAGGUGCAGUCGCAGCACAAUGGCUCGCAGGGCCCAUUCGGGCUGCCGGCGGCGCCGUGCGUGGCGGAGCUGGCGCGCCGGCCGCCGCGCACGCUGCGCGCGCGCUCCGACCGCUACCUGCACACGCUCUACACGGUGGCCGUGUUCUACGCGCUGCCCGUCGUGCAGUUCGUCAUCGCCUUCCAAAUCUUCCUGAACGUGUCCGGCUCGCUGGACUACUGCUACUACAACUUCCUGUGCGCGCACCGCGCGGGCGCGCUGAGCGACUUCAACCACGUCAUCUCCAACCUGGGCUACUUGCUGCUGGGCGCGCUCUUCAUGCUGCAGGUGCGGCGCCGGCGCAUGCGCCGCAAGCGGCAGCCCAGGCACCUGGAGUAUGGCAUCCCGGCGCACUACGGGCUGCUGUCGGCGCUGGGCGCCGGCAUGAUGGUGGUGGCCGUGCUGUCCGCCAGCUACCACGUCUGCCCCAACAGGCUCAACUUCCAGUUCGACACGGCGUUUAUGUACGUGCUGGCGGCGCUCAUCAUGGUGAAGAUCUACCAGGCGCGGCACCCCGACAUCAACGCGCGCGCGCACGCCUCCUUCGCCGUGCUGGCCGUGAUCAUUGCCACCGUGGUGUGGGGCGUGCUGGGCGGCGGGCGCGCGUUCUGGGGCGUGUUCACGGCGGCGCACGUGUUCACCUUCCUGCUGCUGUCGCUGCACAUCUACUACUUCGGCCAGUUCCGCCUCGAGAAGUCUAGUCUGGUGCUGGCCGCUAGCGAGCUGCGCAAGGGCGCGCGACCCAUGUACCGCGCGCGCCUCAUCAUGCUCAUCGUGGGCAACGCGCUCAACUGGAUGCUGGCCGCAUACGGACUGCUGCAGCAGAGCGGCGACUUCGCGGGGCACAUGCUGGUGGUGCUGCUGGGCAACGCGCUGCUGUACAUGCUGUUCUACCUCGGCAUGAAGCUGGCGCACGGCGAGCGCCUGCGCUGGUACGCCUGGGCGCUGCUGGCGGGCGCGGCGGCGGCCUGGCUGCCCGCGCUCUACUUCUUCCUCUCGGGCUCCUCCGACUGGUCCACCACGCCCGCGCUCUCGAGGCAUCGCAAUCACGACUGCAAGGUGAUGCAGUUCUACGACAGCCACGACCUGUGGCACAUGCUGUCAGCCGUGGCGCUGUACCUGUCCUUCAGCGCGCUGCUGACGUGGGACGACGGCUUGUCUGCCGUCAAGCGCACCGACAUACCCGUCUUUUGAUACCUACUACACCUACUCCUAAGGAAUAAAACAUCUUUUUACAAAUCUGUGUUUUA